GCAGUGGCUGAGUUCCUUGACUAGCGAGGGGGUGUGGCUAAAGAGCGGCCCGGGUGGCUGGAGGGACCGUGACCGCCUCCCGCCAGCUCCUUCUCCCUCCUUCGGCGUCAUGAUUGCCAUCAUCAUCAUUCGCUGCUCUCCCGCUUCUUUCGCAGACUUCUGAUUCUUUCCUUUCUCGCCCCCUCUUCUCAUCAAUUUCCAUCCCCCCGAGCUUCUCGCCCACAUCGAUAUUCCCCCCUCCUACAUCAGCGUGCACCCUUGAAGAAACCCCCACCGACCCGUCUCUCAUCCAUCGGUGGCGCAAGAUGAAGCUCACGUUCAAGGACCUGAAGCAACAGAAGUUUGUAAUCGAUGCAGAACCCUCAGAGACGGUCGGGCAAGUGAAGGAGAAAAUUUCCAAGGAGAAAGGAUGGGAGGUUCCUCAGCUGAAACUCAUCUAUUCUGGAAAGAUCCUUCAAGAUGACAAGACGAUCGAGACGUACAACAUCGAGGAAAAGGGCUUCAUAGUCUGCAUGGUGUCAAAGCCCAAGGCUUCUUCCUCCGGAACCUCGUCACAAGCGCCUUCCACCCCCUCGAGAGGAGUCACCUCAACCCCUGCUGCGCCUCCCGCCCCGGCCCCGUCUGCGGCCUCUACUGCACCGGCAGUCCCUUCGACCCCCUCCCCGGCCGCCACUGGGGCUACUCAGGCACCCGGUUCCGCGUUCAACGAUCCCUCCGCAUUACUGAGUGGCUCCCAGAGCGAAGCAGUCGUGGCUCAGAUGGAGGCAAUGGGCUUCGCCCGGAGUGAUGUCAACCGUGCAAUGAGGGCUGCUUUCUUUAACCCCGACCGUGCUAUCGAGUAUCUGCUGAAUGGUAUUCCAGAGAACAUCCAACAGGAGCAGCAGCAGCAGCAAGCCGCCGCUGCCGCCGCCGCUAGCGCACCCCAGUCCGCGGCUCCCGAAGGCACACCCUCCACCGCUGAUGACGAACCGGUCAAUUUGUUCGAAGCUGCCGCUCAGGCCGGUGGGCAGGAGGGUGGAGCUCGAGGCGCUCGGGCCGGGGGUGCAUCUGGCGAGGGACUUCCGAGUCUCGACUUCCUUCGGAAUAACCCUCACUUCCAGCAGCUCCGUCAGCUGGUCCAACAACAACCACAGAUGCUCGAGCCCAUCCUCCAACAAGUUGCCGCCGGCAACCCCCAAAUUGCGCAGCUUAUUGGUCAAAAUGAGGAACAGUUCCUUCAACUCUUGAGUGAAGAGGAUGAUGGCGCGCUCCCUCCGGGGACGCAUCAGAUCCAUGUGACAGAAGAGGAAAGAGACGCAAUUGAACGCCUUUGCCGGCUCGGUUUCUCCCGGGAUCUGGUCAUCCAGGCCUAUUUCGCCUGCGACAAGAAUGAGGAGCUCGCAGCCAACUAUCUGUUUGAGAACCCCGACGAUCCUGAAGAUCUAUGAUUCAACCACUGCCCUGUAUGCCUUCGGGCUUGAGUGACUGCUCAGUGCUUUGGAUCAUAUUUUCCCCUCAUAAUUAACGUCGCAAUGUAUCCCCUUUCUCUUCAUCACUCCCUCUCAAGACUUCCCCCGAAUCGACUGCGUAGAUCAGACAGACAAUGGGCCCCACCCGUGCCCCUGGCUCUCACCCAUCAAGUCAGACUGGCGCAUGUCUUUUUUCACGUCCUCGACUCGAAUCUGUCUUCAUGCCUUAACACUGGAUGAGUUCUCGUAAGCCAGUGCUUUGACGGACAAUAGCUCUUUAUCCCGCUGCACUAUUUUUCUUUUCCCUACCCUCUCAUCUGUGACGUUCUAGUCAUGUAUCUAGUUAAUGAGAACAAGACAAGGUAUUUCCCCUUAAUGCUCCUUGAA